AUUAUUGCCAGCUUUGGAUUUUAUAAGAACAAAGAGCAUCUUCGUUUGGCUUUUACGGGAUGCAGGAUCUUGUGUGCUGCCCCUGAACUGUCUCACCCUACCCUGUGCCCUUGCCUGUGGGACCCAGUGACCAUGCUGACCGAGUCUCCCAGACCAGAAAGAUUAGAGCCCCGACCUACACUCAAGCCCGCUGUAUGCUCAGCAGCACCCUGUCUCAGCCAGCCAUGGCACAGCUCGAGGCUAAUAGCUCACACGCAGGCAAAGUGUCUGAGAUUCAGCUGAAAUGGGCUGCCUUGCUCAUUGUCAUGGUCAUCAUCCCCACGAUCGGAGGAAACAUCCUGGUCAUUCUCGCUGUGUCGCUGGAGAAAAAGCUGCAGAAUGCUACCAACUACUUUCUAAUGUCACUUGCUGUAGCCGAUCUGCUGGUGGGACUCCUAGUGAUGCCCAUUGCAUUGGUCACUGUUCUCUACAACUCUGGAUGGCCUCUUCCUGAGUUUCUCUGCCCCAUCUGGCUCUUCCUUGAUGUGCUUUUUUCUACUGCAUCCAUCAUGCACCUUUGUGCCAUUUCACUGGAUCGCUACAUUGCCAUCAAGAAGCCGAUUCAACACAGCCAGUACAAAUCCAGAGCCAAAGCGCUGGUCAAGAUCGCAUUGGUGUGGCUCAUAUCCAUUUGUAUUGCAAUUCCAAUUCCUAUUAGGGGCCUUAAGAACUACCACCUUCCCAACAACAUCACCUUCAACAGCAACCACACGUGCCUGCUGAAACCAACCACCUUCUGGGAUUUUAUCAUAUUUGGCUCUUUGUCAGCAUUCUUCAUCCCUUUGACUAUCAUGAUGGUCAUCUACCUACUCACUGUCCAUGUGUUGCGCAAAAAGGUUUAUUUGCUCAGGUCAAAGGUCACUCAGCGUUUUAGCUCUCCGGCGGUGUCCACGGUUUUUCAACGGGAGCAGUCUAUGGCUUCAACUGAAGCCGAGCAAAUGAAUGUGCUGGACAGCAGACUUCCCCGGAUGCAGGAAAAGCCAAAUGCAGGCACCACGGUCGCUCACGCGCCGUACGAACAGUCCUUUCGCAGGAUGUCAACAAUGGGCAAGAAGUCCAUGCAGACUCUGAGCAACGAGCAGCGUGCAUCCAAGGUACUGGGCAUCGUCUUCCUCCUGUUUGUAGUCAUGUGGUGCCCUUUCUUUAUUACAAAUAUCACCUCAGUGCUAUGCAAAGGGUGCGAUCCCAACGUCAUUGCCCGGCUCAUGGAGAUCUUUGUUUGGGUGGGUUACGUGUCAUCAGGUAUUAACCCGCUGGUCUACACCCUAUUCAACAAAACUUUCAGGCAGGCGUUCACACGUUACAUCACCUGUAAUUACAGGAGCUGUGCCAGUAACCUGUCAGGAGGACAUCUGAGGCCAUCAACUGCAGAGUGGACUCUAACAAGGAUUUCAAUCAAAUCUUCCAUGGCAGAGAACUCUAAGCUAUUCAUGAAACGGGGAAUGAAGAACGGCAUUGGAGCUGUGGCCUACCAAAGCCCGCUGAGGUGUCGGCAGCCACCUGUACAGUCAUCUAGUGGUGUUGUGCUAGACACAAUACUUCUGACUGAAAAUGAAGAUGAUAAGCAGGAGGAACAUGUUAGCUGUGUAUAGACUAUGGACACGCAAA